AAUGGUCAUGGGACAGAAUUCUGCUUUGUCCUUUUAUGUGCUUUUAUGAUUGUUUGAGUAAUUUCUUUUGUAAUAAAAAACUGAUUUAAGCAUUAUAGGAAUAUUUUCCUGCCUGCCUUCCUCAUCAUAGAAAGAAAUAAAGACUAGAAUAAGUUAGUUUCAAGGUCAAGGCUGCCAGUAAGCCAGGACUGGAAUCCUGGUUUUCAGAGUAGGAUCUACUCUAGGUCAAUUAUCUGGAAGGGAGAAGUUGGCAGAAAGGGGAACAUUAACCCUGCAAGGCUACUACAAAGAGCCCAGGAGAUACAUGGUAACUUAAUUAAAAACAGUGUAAUAAGACUGAAUGUGUGGCUUGCUCUUAGGAUUUUUCCUCCGAAACUCUUCCAUGGGAGACCCACAGGACAAGAGGGGGCUCCCUGGCCUUUUUGAACUGCAAAGGGCAGGCGCAUGUGAUUCACCCAGUCACCACGAAAGGAGAAGUUGCAAUCUGAGAGUUAAGACUUGUUCUAAGACCUUCUGGUGAGGGGCACACCUACCAGUCUGCUUUCUCUUUCCUUCAGACCAUCACCAUCAUGCAACUUUGGGUAGCUAUCUCCAGCCUCAUACUACUUCUGACGGAUGCUGUAGUUUCUUAUGUUCAAGUGAAUGGAGUGGUGGGUCAUCCUGCCACACUACCCUGCACCUAUUCAACAGCUAAUGGAGUCACAACCAUGUGCUGGGGCAGAGGGGCAUGUCCUAUGUCCCAUUGCUUAGAAGAAAUAGUCUGGACUAAUGGAUCCCAUGUCACCUUUCAGAAGCACCUGCGUUAUAAGCUAAAAGGAAAACUUUCAGAAGGGGAUGUGUCUUUGACUAUAGAGAAUGCGGCCCAGACUGACAGUGGCCAGUAUUGUUGCCGUGUUGAGCACAGGGGGUGGUUCAAUGACAUGAAACUCACCCUAUCAUUGGAGAUAAAGCCAGCUGAGGUCACCAGUGUUCCAACAUCACCUAGGGUCUUUACCUCUACCUCUUCAACGCCAGCACCCACGCAGAACCUCAAGCCAGUAGCUACUUCAUCUUCUGCAAUGCAGACGGCAGAAAUCCAGCCUACUGCGCUGCAGAAAACAAGCAGGACACAGCCCACCAAUUCACCAUUGUACUCUUGCCCGACAGAUGGGAAUGGCACUGUGACACAGUCUUCAGAUGGCCUUUGGCAUAACAAUCAAACUCAUGUGUCGCUGGCACAAAAUCCAUGGAUGACCACCAGUAAGGGACUCUACAUUGGCAUCUGCAUUACUGCUGUGGUAUUGCUUACCAUGUUGGUUGUGGUGAUCACCAAAAAAUAUUUAUGCAUAAGAAACAAACUGGAGCAACUAAACAUGGUUUCGUUGAACGACUCUCAGACUGGAGCUUUGCAAAGUGCAGCUGAAGUGGGUGUCCAAGCAGAAGACAAUAUCUACAUUAUCGAGGACAAUCUUUACGUCAUGGAUUAAGACCCAGUGGCUCUCUCUAAGGAUUUAUGCCCUUGAUUGCAGAAGAAAGUGACAAGAUAUCACCAUGUCAGAGUUCUUCUAAGCUCUAGAAUAAUUUUUCUGUCAAUUUCAAAUGAUAUUCCAACAUGUCAGUUAAGUUGGGUAGAGUGACUUUAGUUCACGUGUGUACAGUCAUUGGUCGUCAUAUAGUUCUAAUUUUUUAUGCUAAAGCUAUUUCACUAUUUCAAUCUUCUGGUCAUUGCAGAGCUUUCUCCCAAACAUGAACACUUUAUAAUUAUAUAUUCUCUUUGGAUCAUAUGAACUCUAUAUCCAUCAAGAAUUCUCAUUGGUGAGGCAGGAGAAGAACUACCACCUUGGUCACCAAAGUCGUCAAAAAGAUAAGACUUAUGAGUUAAAAUCAGCAAAUAUGAUUUGGGACUUAAAGGACUUCACUUGGAAGCAUUUCAUGAUUAUCUCUUGUUUUUUACCUUGUAACUCCAAAUGUUACAUUUCUUAGGUUCCUCAAGGCUUUCAAUCAUGGGGGUACAUAGGUUUUUAUUUCCACAUGGGGAAAUAGAAGUGAAUGUGAUUUCACCAUUAUACGUAAAUCUGAUUUCACAUGGCUCUGGAAAUAUAUGGUAUUAAGGCUUUCCCUGGACCCAGGGUGGGUAUUUUAGCUGAAGAAACUAGGGUAGUGAGUGGACCAAGAAGAUACCAGGGAAAGAAAAUCAUUUGCCAUAUAAUUUAUUGCAUGCUAUUUCUGCUACCUCUGUUCCACCAUUCCAAGUAUUUGUGUAGACAAUUGUCACGCUCUCUGAACUAAUUUUUAGAAUGAGGCAGGGUAGAAAUAAAUAGAAGAAAAAAAGGGAGAAGGCUAAAUGGUGUCCUGCUUUAGAAAAGUUACUUUGCAAAUGUCUUAGUGUUGUUUGAGAGUGUUACUAUUUUCAAUCAAGAUUCUAAAUUGUCCUCAAAUCACUGAGAUUUUUAAAAUUGUUUUGGAAGGAUGAAGGUUUUGUUUUUGUUUGCUUGUUUGUUUUAAUAGCAAAAACUAUUCUAGUGCUAUUCCUUUUUUCACAGUUCAAUUAGAUGUUUGGUUUUUCCAAGAGAGUUAAGCAAAGGCAAACGGUGAGGAUAUUUUUAGUAACCAGAGGCAUUGCUACAUUAACAGUUAAGGAGGCUGGGUAUUAAUUUCAAUCUGAGUAAACCCUGAGAUAACUCCUCCUAGGGUUCAGAGUUGCACCACAGUGGUCUAGGAGGGCAAGAUGUUUAUUUCUGAAGACAACUUCUUUGACAUUUUUCUGCGGAGUUUUAGGAAGUUGACAGGACCUCCGAAUAAAGGUUAUAUGGCCAAAUAAGAUUGUUAAACCUGCUGUACUGGGUUUUCUAAAUGGGACCAAGGCCUGAUCUAGCCCAAGAAAUUUUGUUUAAACUGCAGUGUUUUUCUUUUAAAUUCUAGGUGACAUGCACAAACAUGGAGAUUUCAGAUUAAACUCUGGAUUUAUAGCUUUUCUGAAAAGACCUGGCAAUAUUGAAUGGCAUUCCUACAUAGUCAAUGCCCAGUUAAAUGGUGCUACAUCCCCUCAGUCCUUUGUCCUCACCUUUCCUGCAUACACGUUUGUUCCCUGAUUGUAGCUGGUACUUUGAAUUAUGACAGCUACACUCUUCAUAUGCUUCCUGGAGAUUUAUGAUGGCACAUUGAAAGUUCUGGGAAUCUGGUUAACUUUGUUCAUUCAGCAUUUCCGAAACUUGCUUGAAACCCAUGAACAUAGUGACUACUGGCAUACCCAGUAGCAUUCUGUGAAACGAUAUAUAAGGAUAUGUGGAGGUGAUACAAUACACAGAAGUAGGACUAGGACUUGGGUUCUAGUCUUAACAGAAACACUGGAUGACAGGGUAAAUCUUUCUUGUUGCCUACAUUUUCUAAUGUAAUCAGGCAUAAUUAUUUCCAAAAUUAUAUUGGUGUCAUAGCAGUAAUUCCAAUGUUAUGUUACUUCAAGUCUUUGAAAAGUGGAAAACACUACAGAAAGGCAAAGGAUUUUUUUUUGGGGGGGGGGGCGUUUGAGUUUGCAGUAAUAGCGGAUUUAGCCUUAGUGCUCAGUAAAUAAUUUCAAUGGUAUUGCAUUCAUAUGUCUUUUGCUAUAUGGUACUUUAUGGGGGGGUAAUGUAUCUUUUUUGAAAAAGUGGAUAUUGGGUAAUUUGGCUAAUUUUAUACUGUAGAAAAAUAUGUACUAUAGGAUGAACAGAUGAGAAGGGAGGAAGGGGAAGUAUUGAUACUUAAUUCUUUUCUAUAAAUACAUCUAUCUUGUGGAAUGUAUUGAGUUUUGUUUUCAAUCCUUUGAGAUGAUUGAGGUUCCAUUUUCUGCAAUCUGUCUUGGGACAUUAGGACACUGGUGUAAGUAAGAUAUUUAAACUUGGGAAAAUUUGCACGCUUUUAAGAGGUAGCAGAACGUAUCUUUCACUAAUAGCCAAUCACUAAUCACUAAGAUAAUUUUGUGAGUGCAUGAGGGAUGAGGCACACUUUGCGACUGGUUUCUUUUGUAGGUACACUCAUUAAUAAAAGAGAUUUUUGUUUUCA